AUGCUGGCAUCUGCCGGAGACGAUGGCAACGUUCUUCUCUGGGUUCCCUCCGAGACACAAACACAGCCGGCGUUCGGACAGGAUGCAUUGGACGAUAAGGAAACCUGGCGAGUGAAGCACAUGUGUAGAUCGUCAGGAGCAGAGAUAUACGAUCUAGCAUGGUCUCCAGAUGGUGUCUUUAUCAUCACCGGCAGCAUGGACAACAUUGCUCGGAUCUACAAUGCUCAGACAGGCCAGAUGGUUCGACAGAUUGCUGAGCACUCUCACUAUGUACAGGGCGUUGCCUGGGACCCAUUGAACGAGUACGUGGCCACACAGUCUUCGGAUAGAUCGGUGCAUAUCUACGCUCUCAAGACAAAUGACGGCCAAUUCACUUUGACAACGCAUGGAAAGUUUUUGAAGAUGGACCUUCCAGCGAAACGGGUAGCUUCAAGCAGCCCGGUGCCUGACUUUGGUGGAAACAGGGUUCAAUCGGCCUCGGGAAACCCUAUGACUGUGUCCUCCCCUGGUGCUUCAACGCCAGGCACUCCCUUGACGGCUCCUCUGCCCAUGGAUCCGCCGCCUGUCUCUCUCAGCCGCCGUUCCUCAUUUGGUUCUUCACCAUCAAUCCGCAGGUCAGCAUCUCCGGCGCCUUCUAUGCCGUUACCUGCUGUGAAACCUCUCGAGGCUGCAUCCCCGGGCCUUUUUGGUGGAAUAGGCGUGAAGAACGCUAGCAUUUAUGCCAACGAGACCUUCAACUCUUUCUUCAGACGCUUGACAUUUGCUCCAGAUGGCAGCUUGCUCUUCACACCAGCCGGACAGUACAAGGUUUCCCUUGCCGGUCAGAACGAUAAGGUCGUGGAAGAUAUAAUUAACACAGUCUACGUCUACACCCGCGCUGGUUUCAACAAACCGCCAAUAGCUCAUCUCCCAGGCCAUAAAAAGCCGUCUGUUGCUGUUAAAUGUUCCCCAGUAUACUAUACAUUGAGGCAAGGCACCAAGCCCACUCGCCAGAUAUUUUUGGAUUCCUCAUCCGGUGAAGAGGCAUUCCCAUCCCUCCCGGACUCUGUUAUUUCUCAGCCAGCUAUGGAGCCUCCAUCUAGUGCUCCACCUUCAGCCACUAGCGAGACGGCACGUUCUUUUCCUCAACUGGGGACAAACGAAAAUGACACCGGCUCACAGAACACCCCUAUUCCCCCAGUAUUUGCGUUGCCAUAUCGCAUGGUUUACGCUGUUGCAACCCAAGAUGCAGUUCUGGUAUACGAUACGCAGCAGCAGACACCGCUUUGUGUAGUAAAUAACCUGCACUUUGCUACCUUUACCGAUCUCUCCUGGUAG